CUUCUUCCGCCCUACCAAACCGCCUUGCAUCUGCCAGCGCCAUCCCAGUCCAUCUCGCCAUCGCGAAGUUCGUCUGCACACGAUCAUGGCGACACAGCAGAGUCCUUCGCAGGUCGCUGAGGAGGUUGCGCAUUCCGUCUCGAAUGCGAGCUCUUCGUUUGUGGAUCGCCUAUCGAACUGGUACUCGGACAACAAGGUCGCUGCAUGGACCGUUGCCGGUGUCACGGUUGUGGUCGUUGGUGGCACAGUAUACUAUCUCUCACAGCCAUCAGCGCCAUCAGAGCCGAGCAAAAAGUCGAAGAAGGAUAAACGAAAAGUGAAGAAGAACGUCGAGAAGAGCGUGGAACCAGCGAAGCCGGAGCCGGAGCCAACAGUUGCGCCCAAGGUUGCUGCCGUCGAGGAACAGUCCGAGGAGCUGCCACAGGUCACAGAGGAUUCCGUUGCGCAGCUAUCAGAGCAGGAGCGCAAGGACAAUGCGGCCAAGCUCAAGGCUGCUGGAAACAAGGCAUACGGCAGCAAGGACUACAACCGCGCCAUCGAGCUUUACACGCAAGCCAUUCUUUGCAAAGCCGAUCCCGUAUUCUACUCCAACCGCGCGGCCUGCUGGAAUGCUAUGAGCAACUGGGCCAAGGUCAUCGAGGACACCACCGCCGCCAUCGCCCUCGACAGCGAGUACGUCAAGGCCUUGAAUCGAAGAGCAAACGCAUACGAACAGGAGGAACGCUUCAGCGAAGCACUCCUCGACUACACCGCCAGCUGCAUUAUCGACCAAUUUCGCAACGAAGCCUCCGCGCAAGCAGUGGAGAGGCUACUCAAGAAGGUUGCUGAGUCCAAGGCAAAGACCAUCCUGGAGAAGAAGGAGAAGAAGCUGCCAUCGCCAACUUUCGUGUCAAACUACCUUCAAUCAUUCCGCACCAAGGAGCUUCCGGCUGGUCUCGAGGAAUCUGCGAAUCUGCAAGAGGAGGGCGGCAAAUGGUACCUGCGCAAGGGCCUACUUGCGAUGAAGCUCCGAACUGGCGAGGGCUACGCCGAGGCGUCAGAAAGCUUCGAUGAAGCCGUUGCGAGGAACGAGUUGCAGUCUUACGAAGCCCUCGCAUACAACAUGCGCGGCACGUUCCGCUACCUCAGAGGCGAGAACGUGACGGCGCUGGAAGACCUGAACAAAUCGAUCGAGUUGGAUCCUACCUUGGUGCAAAGCUACGUCAAGCGUGCCAGCAUGCAUUUGGAGCAGAGCCUCCGCGAUGCCGCCGCGACCGACUUCGAAACUGCCGCGACGCACAACCCAGACGAUCCAGAUAUUUACUACCACCGGGCACAACUCCACUUCAUCCUGUCCGAGUUCAGCCUCGCCGCAACCGACUACCAGAAAUCCAUCGAACUCGACAAGGACUUCAUCUUCUCCCACAUUCAGCUCGGCGUGACACAGUACAAGAUGGGUUCCGUGGCCAGCAGUAUGGCGACUUUCCGACGCUGCAUCAAGAAUUUCGGCGACAAGAGCGAUGUAUACAACUACUAUGGAGAACUGUUGCUUGAUCAGCAGAAGUACCAGGAGGCUGUGGAGAAGUUUGAUACCGCCGUGGAGAUGGAGCGCAAGACGAUUGGCGAGCGUGGUGGCGGUAUGAACGUCCUUCCACUCAUCAACAAGGCACUUGCCCUAUUCCAGUGGAAGCAGGACUACAGUUCAGCGGAGGAGCUGUGCCAGAAGGCUCUGAUCAUCGAUCCGGAAUGCGACAUCGCAGUGGCGACCAUGGCCCAGCUACUUUUGCAACAAGGGAAAGUCACAGAUGCGCUCACCUACUUCGAGCGCGCCGCCGAGCUGUCAAGAACAGAGGGUGAGAUCGUCAACGCACUGUCGUACGCCGAGGCAACACGAACACAGCUCGAAGUCCAAGAGAAGUAUCCUCAGCUCGCUGCGAAACUAGGCGCCAUGGGUGCUGGCAUGGGCGGUCCUAUGAGAUAG